GAGAAAGAGUUCCGUUAGCAUAGAUGGCAUCAGAAGCCAACAAGCAGCUCGAGCUUCAUAAAUAACUGUUAUAUCAUGACAAAAGUGUAUUUGGUUAUAAAAUAAUUUUUAAUAAGAAAUUAAAGUUGGCUCUUGAUUUGUACAGUAAACUCACAGUGUUCGUUGAGAAUAUCAACCAGAAUGUAGCAUCUUUCUUUCUUUGAUAUGACGGCCAAGUGUGAAGAAAUUUUUGCACAAAAUUGGAUUUAAAGUGCAAAUAAGUUGAUAACCAGAUGCCUCUUUCUAAAUUAAUCAUGUACGUUAAGAGGUGUAGCAUUUCAUUUGUUUGCAAUGUUUAUCAUUGCAAGUGUUGGAUCUGGGAGUGACCGUUUGAGAAGCACCUCUUGACUUCAGUACAGGAGAUCGGGGCUUUAGGGUCAUGGCAGGAAGAGGCGGAGCAACGCGACCAAAUGGGCCAAACGCCGGCAACAAGAUCUGUCAGUUUAAACUGGUGCUGCUGGGAGAGUCUGCCGUGGGAAAGUCUAGUUUAGUGCUGCGUUUUGUAAAAGGACAGUUUCACGAGUUUCAGGAAAGCACAAUAGGAGCUGCCUUCUUGACUCAGACAGUAUGUUUGGAUGACACAACAGUGAAGUUUGAAAUCUGGGAUACGGCUGGCCAAGAGCGCUACCACAGUUUGGCCCCCAUGUACUACAGAGGAGCACAGGCGGCCAUAGUGGUGUAUGAUAUCACAAAUGAAGAAUCAUUUGAACGUGCGAAAAACUGGGUGAAGGAGCUUCAAAGACAAGCCAGUCCAAAUAUUGUAAUAGCUUUGGCUGGGAACAAGGCAGAUCUUGCCAACAAGAGAGCGUUGGACUUUCAGGAUGCGCAGUCAUAUGCAGAUGACAACAGUUUGCUUUUCAUGGAAACAUCUGCAAAGACUUCAAUGAACGUGAAUGAGAUUUUUAUGGCCAUUGCAAAGAAACUACCCAAGAACGAGCCCCAGCCCACUGGUGCUAACACAGGACGCAACCGAGGCGUGGAUCUAACAGAAACGGCACAGCCCACGAAAGGCCCCUGCUGUAGCAACUGAUCAGCGACACUCCUCACCUCCCAAACGCAUCACAUCUGGACAUGGGGCUCUUCCUUCCAAACCUCGCUCCUUGGAUUAACUAAAGACUCUGUAUAGCUGUGCUUCUAAUACUUUCAUUUUAUUUGUAUUUUUAAGAGAAAAUGUCAAUCAGCCGUCUACUGGAUGCAUGUAUCACUACAAAAGCUAAAUACACAUUUUCAACUUAAUUUAGCAGGAGAACAAACCCCUUUGAGAGAGAGAGAGAGAGAGAGAGAGAGAAUGAAAUAUUGUGUGUGUUUGAAUGUGUUGAGUAUGUGGAAUUGAUCACCUUAUGACCAGACCCAGACGGAAUCGCAUUUUCUGUGCUGAUUUGGGAAAAACAUGGUAAAAUGGAGCAUUGAACUCUCAUUGGUAGCUGAAAGCAUUAUCAAACUAGCCAAAAUUGAAACAAAAAACAAACAAGGGGUGCACAAUACGUAGAAUUUUGUGAAUGAUGAGCGUUCCAAUUAUGCGAAAACCUGCAGAUAUUUCUACUCGUGCUGAUUCCAUGUGGGGCCUGCACAUGACAUGGGUCAAAUCGAAUCCGACAGAGAGAGUUGAGUUAAGAGAGUUUAUAAAUGAAUGCUGUUUUCAGAAGAAAACUUCAUGGUAAACCAUUACCCCCUUCUGCUUCUUCAGAAGUUAUGGAUUUUUGUUUCUUCUUGUUUUACUAAAGCAUUCCAUAAUGCACCUGCUGUCUUUCUUGUAACCUUGUCUUACCACUGUUUGGUGUUGGUACCAACUUCCAUAUUGCAGUUGGUCUUGUUCACAGGUUGAAACAGGCCAUGAAGGUCUUCUGAUGAGAUUCUCAUAAACAUUGGGCCUGGCGACUUCAGGCGCAUCCAUGACUUGGCUUGUAAAGUCGUCCAGCUGUUCGGAAGGGACGGGAUCUGAUGAAUGGAUUGGGGAACUGAUGGUGUCUUUGGGGAUUAAGCUCAAUAUAGGACAGUGAAACAUGUUCAGCCUGUAUGAAUUAUUGUUAUUAUUAAUUUAGACUGUAUUCCAUCUCUGUGUUUUGCUUAUACAGCUAUUGUUGAAUUAUACAAGCAAUGAUCAGGCCCAGACUGAAUCUGCUAGCAUUUUCUGCACUGAUUUGGUGGCAUUACAAAAUCAGUGGAAUUGGUUUAAACCUGGUAAAAUGUGUCAAAUGCAGCUGAGAGCAUUUCACUCAUAUUGGUAGUUGUAUUAGGCAAAAUAUUCAGUCAGCGUGAAAUCAAAAUUGAACCCAUUUACUUUAAUGCUUAUUUUAUUCCUGUUCUUUUUUGUGCACAUUUUAUCAGUGCAUGUUAUUCCAAAUAAAAUAAAUUGUUAGUCUUAGUAAUCCUGUAUCAAAAUGUCACAACUUGCUCCACCCCUGAAAUGGCUUUGCUGUACAUCUGAUGUCACAAAGCCCUCUUACUUUUCAACAAAUCCCUUCCAAACAUCUGACUUCAUUGAUUCUGGUAUAUAAUUCCACUUUUCACAAUCCAGUCGAUUACAGAUGGAUAACGUCAAGUCUUGCAAAUUCCGUGUGGGUCCUGCAUUGGUCACGGAAAGGACAGAAAAGACAAAAGAUAUUCAUCUCAGACAUGUCCAUGUAUUUUCCACAAGCUAUUUAUUUUAUUUUUUAGUUUAUUUUUUUGCAGUUGUGUCACUAUCUGCCAGGAACGUUCCUUACGUCCGUGAUGCAGUGCUGUUUUGUCUUCUCAAAUGUACUCUGAGGACUGAAGCACGUGUUUGCAGGCAAAUUUAAAUGUUGUGUUUAGAUGUGCCAUUGUACAACAAGACAAAACCUUUCAAAAUAAAAGACCAUGUGAAGUCUUUGGUGAAGCAGUCCUGGUGAAAACCACUUGAAAAAAAUAUUUUUUUUUCCUAAUUAGUUAAAGGGUUAGUUCACCCAAAAAUGAAAAUUCAUCAUUUGCUUGCUCUCAUGCCAUUCCAGAUGAGUAAAGGCAGCAUAAAAGUAAUCCAUAAGACUUUAGUGGUUUAAUCCAUAUCGUCUGAAGUGAUCCAAUCGGUUUUGCUUGAGAACAGACCAAAAUAAAACUACUUUUUCACUAUAAAUCAUGAUAUCUGAAGUCUCCUUGGCAAUCAUGAUUUUAAGCUCCAUUAUACUUCCUAGCGCCAUCUAGUGCUCUGGGCAUGUGCUAAGCACUAGGAAGUGUAAUCGAGCUUGAACUCAUAAUGGUGCCUAAAGACUGCAAUGGCAAGAUGUACAGUGAAAAAGGAGUAACAUUUUGGUCUGUUCUCACCCAUAAUCGAUUGGAUUAGAAGACAUGGAUUCCACUUUUAAGCUGCAUUUAUGUGCUUUUUGGAGCUUCAACGUUUUGGUCACCAUCCACUUGCUUUGUAUGGCCCUACAGAGCUGAGAUUUUCUUCUAAAAAUCUUCAUUUGUGUUCUGCAAAAGAAAGAAAGACAUAAACAUCUGGGAUGGCAUGAGGGUGAGUAAAUGAUGAGAGAAUUUUCAUUUGUGAAUGGACUAUUCCUUUAAAAAGCAUUUAAAAUGUUUUGUGGGCUAAAACAUUAUUAUUACAAAAAACACUGCAUGUCUUUAGCCAGCCAUUUUGAAUGGCCUGUGUAUCAAAGCUCUUGGUAUGGUACGGCCUUCCAUAAAUCAUACUACCAAUCUGAAACGUCUUUUUACGGAGAAUCAUAUGGUCUUUUUAAUGUAUGUAGUGUUAUUAACAAAUGAACUUGGCAAUUAGUCAGUUGUCUCUCUUCUACCCUCUUUCAAAGUGCACUGUUUUUAUUUCUAAGAACCUAUUGACUUUAUAUUUCUUUAUGGUUAUGAAAUUGUGGCUGCCCGUUGUAUACAAAAUGAUUUCAUCAUGGACUACAGUGGACUCUAACAACCCUCCUGAAGUACCACAGGAUACUGAGGUAAACUAACUGGCAGGCAUUCGGCAAACCAAAUGAAUUCACCAGUGUAAUGCAUUAACACUGAGAGACUGGUUGAUUUUUAAUGUCCAGGUACUAGUAUAUUUCCAAUAAAGGGGGUGAAUUGUAUACAUGCUGUCAAGAUUUGAUUCAGGUCACUUAAACAUCAGUUUUUUUUUUUUUUACUUAUCUGUUUGAUAAAUUAUUUUGGUAUGUACGGCAAAAAUCCUGUCAGGUGUUAUUUUUGCAUAAGUGAGAUACAAUCCUUGCAGUAUCACAUCUAUAAUUGAGAUAUGUUCUCCAAGUCUGCUGACUCUAGAGCUUCUGAAAGCUCUUGAUCAAGAGUCUGGUUGUGUUUGGAAGCCUUGGGCUCCUUUCUGUGGAAUAUUCUUCCUCUUCCACUGUGAGGCUUAAGUUGCUCCUUGCUUGUCCUCUCCAGUGCAUCAUCUUCAAGAUGGAAGGAUAUGGGUGUUCCUCCAUCCCGUGUGGUGGAGUAGACCUCUCCUGCGAUAUACAGGUGCAUCUCAAUAAAUUAGAAUGUCGUGGAAAAGUUCAUUUAUUUCAGUAAUUCAACUCAAAUUGUGAAACUCGUGUAUUAAAUAAAUUCAAUGCACACAGA